AUGGCGGAUGGCGACAGCGGGAGCGAGCGAGGGGGCAGCGGGAGCGGCAGUGGCGGAGGCGGAGGCGGCGGCGGCGGCGGCUUCCAGGGACACCGCGGGGGCGGCGGCGGCGGCGGCCCCGGCCCGGAGCAGGAGACGCAGGAGCUGGCCUCGAAGCGCCUGGACAUCCAGAACAAGCGCUUCUACCUGGACGUGAAGCAGAACGCCAAGGGCCGCUUCCUGAAGAUCGCGGAGGUGGGCGCGGGGGGCUCCAAGAGCCGCCUCACGCUCUCCAUGGCGGUGGCCGCCGAGUUCCGGGACUACCUGGGCGACUUCAUCGAGCACUACGCGCAGCUGGGGCCCAGCAGCCCCGAGCAGCUGGCGCAGGCCUCGCCCGGCGGGGAGGACGGCGGCGGCGGCGCGGGGCCCCGGCGGGCCCUCAAGAGCGAGUUCCUGGUGCGCGAGAACCGCAAGUACUACCUGGACCUGAAGGAGAACCAGCGCGGCCGCUUCCUGCGCAUCCGCCAGACCAUCAACCGCGGGCCGGGCGGCGGGGGCGGCGGCGGCGGAGGGCCGGGCUUCCCCGGGGGCCCGCCGGGCCUGCAGAGCGGCCAGACCAUCGCGCUGCCGGCGCAGGGCCUGAUCGAGUUCCGCGACGCGCUGGCCAAGCUGAUCGACGACUACGGCGCCGACGAGGACGAGCUGGGCGGGGGCGGCGGCGGCGGGGGCCCCGGCGGCGGGGGCGGCCUGUACGGCGAGCUCCCCGAAGGCACCUCCAUCACGGUGGACUCGAAGCGCUUCUUCUUCGACGUGGGCUGCAACAAGUACGGCGUCUUCCUGCGCGUCAGCGAGGUGAAGCCUUCCUACCGCAACGCCAUCACGGUGCCCUACAAGGCCUGGGCCAAGUUCGGCGGCGCCUUCUGCCGCUACGCCGACGAGAUGCGAGACAUCCAGGAGCGCCAGCGGGACAAGCUGUACGACCGACGGGCCGGGCCGGCCGGGCCGGGGAGCGGCAGCGGAGCCGGCGACGAUUCCGACGGAGACGACGUAGACGACGACUGA